AUGGAAACAAAACAAGAAAUAGAAAGAAGAGUAAAACAAAAGGUCCAUGAGGCUUGGAAUGAGUUUGAUGAAAUAGCAAAAAAAAGAAAUCAAACUGAUAAUAAUGGUCCAACUCUUUUAUUAACAAAUUAUAGCCAAAAUGAACAAAUGAUAAAAAAUAAAAGAGAAAAAGAUGAAAAGAGACGAAAAGAAAAGAAAAGAAAAAGAAAAAAAGAAAUUGAAAAGAGAAGAAAAGAAAAAGAAAGGAAAAAACAAAAAGAAAUGGAAAAAGAAAAUAGAAAAAAGAGAAAAGAAAGGGAUAAAGAAGGAGAUGGAAGAGAUAAAAAAAAGAAAAUUAAAUUUUCACAAAAUGAAAAUAAAUAA